AUGGCCCAGCCGCCAGCAUUCACCCAACCCCUUGAGGGAGUAUUGCCAAUUAUCAAAAGGCAUCGUCCUACGCGAAGGAACUCCACUCUUCUGCUGGUACGUAGACCCCGGGGUGCCCGCUGUGCCAGCCACCCACUCGGUGCCGCUGCAGUCCUCUCGGAUCCCGACAGAGUAGACGCCACUGCUCUCGCAAUGGCGGAAGUCACUGCCAUUGAAAUUGCAGGCCUGACAUCCAUUUCUGGUAUGAGUAUCCUAGUCAUCAAGGGGCUCGGGAAUAUGCGGACCUGCGGGUGUGCGGUUCCACAUAGAGGUGCAGAGGGAAAGGAGUACCUCAACGAGUUCCGGGACCUUGUAGACCAGUCCGGAUACACUGAGGGGUCCAACAUCAUGAUGAAGUUCCGCUGGGAAUUGGACUCCAUCAUCCAGAGCCGUGUUGCCGAGUCCGCAGACUGUCCGGACGAGGAUGACUUUGAGGAAUGGUACAGGGCAGCGCAGCGGGUUGCUGACAACCAUGCCGCUAACCAAUCCUUCCACUUUGGCGUGCACUCCAGAUCCCUCGUCCGACCAGCAGCCAACUCCGGAGUUGCUCGGACUCCUGCGGGUGUACUUCCCGCGCCUCGGACUCAGCUCCCACCUCUGCAGCCCUGUUUCCAACCUCUGCCUCCUCCGAAGGCUCUCUCACCCGGCGUCCCCAUGGACGUUGACCACACCCGCUCCUGGCCUGCCACUUCGCAGCUCUGCUACCGAUGUGGCAAACCCGGCCACCUGUCCCGUGAGUGCCCACUCCAGUACGAUGUCCGGUUCAUGACCACCGAGAAGCGGAUGUCCGCCAUUGAAGAUCUCUUGACCGCAGCCGGUGUUGUAGAAAGUGCGGGGACUUCGGAAGGAGUAGAUGCUGAGGGAACGGCCCCAGUUGAGGAAUUGGACACAGCAGAUUUUGUCUGGACCAACAAGUGA